GGUGAGAUUAGCAUCAUCUGUCUGACUGUCUCCUCAACUGUUUUUACAAAUUUUUCUGAUUUUUCUACCAAUGGCAUGUCUCGUGGCUUUCAACUCUUCUUCUAUAUAUAACAGCGGCAAAGCUAGAAACUUCUUCAAGCGUUUCCUGAGGCAAUCACGAAACCCCUCCUACUCUCCUCGUACCGCUGUUCCUUCACUGUAUCCAGUUCUUGAUUUCAGACCCAUUAAUCCUCGUAGAGAACCCAUUUGCUUAAACAUCCGUAAAAUUUCAUCGUAUUGUACCAGAGCUCCCCACAAUCUCAAGAAUUGUAUAACUAGUAGUAGUAGUAGUAAAACUAGCAUCUUCGCGAAGGAUUUUUCUGGAACUGUGACUGAUCCAUUGAGCAGCGGGCCGAAGAUGACGGUGGCAGCGGCGCCAUGCAUCAAAGACGGUUCUCUGAUGGCGAAUGGGAAGGUGGUCUUGACUGGUGUCCCCUCAAACGUCGCAGUUUACCCGGUGACUGAUGGGUUAUCCUCGUCUUCUUCUCCCUCUGCUGCGUUUCUUGGUGCCAGUUCGAGUAUUCCAAGUUCCAGACAUGUUUUCGGUCUUGGAGUUCUUGAAGAAUGCAAAUUUGUGUGUCUAUUCAGACACAAAAUUUGGUGGAUGAUACCCCGUUUUGGAAGUUCAGGAAGCGAUAUUCCCAUGGAAACGCAAUUGUUGCUCUUGGAAGUGAGGGAAAACUUUGCAGUCUGUGAUGAUAUUUCAUCAGGUCAAUCUGCCGCUAACACAUUUUACAUCUUGUUAUUGCCUGUAUUGGAAGGACAAUUUCGGGCAACACUGCAAGGAACUAAGGCAAGUGAGCUUGAGUUCUGCGUCGAAAGUGGAGAUGCUCACGUCCAAACCACUCAGGUGUCGGAAGCAGUCUUCAUAAAUUCAGGGGAUAACCCUUUCAAACUCAUAAAGGAGUCCUUCGAGAUACUUGAAAAGCAAAAACGGACUUUUGCUCAUAUCAAACACAAAAAGAAACCUACUCAUUUAGAUUGGUUCGGUUGGUGUACAUGGGAUGCUUUCUAUAAAGAUGUAAAUCCACGGGGCAUUAAAGAAGGUCUUGAAAGUUUUCUUGAAGGAGGUUGCCCGCCCAAGUUUUUGAUUAUUGAUGAUGGAUGGCAGGAUACAUUUAAUGAGUUCCAGAAGGAUGGAGAACCUUUUGUUGAAGGAUCACAAUUCGCCAGUAGAUUGGUUGAUCUGAGGGAAAGCUCCAAGUUCAUGGGCUCAGGUGCAGAACUUUCAUGCCAUGAUCUGCAUGACCUUGUCAAGUUCAUCAAAGAAAAAUAUGGCGUAAAAUUUGUGUAUGUGUGGCAUGCAUUGGUUGGUUACUGGGGAGGGAUCCUUCAGUCAUCUGAAAAAAUGAAGAACUACAAUCCAAAGAUAACAUAUCCAGUGCAGUCUCCUGGCAACGUUGGAAAUCUUCGAGAUAUAGCUAUGGACAGUUUAGAAAAAUAUGGUGUGGGGCUGAUAGAUCCUGAGAAAGUUUACGACUUCUAUAAUGAUCUCCAUAGCUACCUUUCGAGCAGUGGCGUUGAUGGAAUAAAAGUAGAUGUCCAGAAUCUCAUAGAGACACUAGGUGGAGGCCAUGGUGGGCGAGUUUCCCUGACCAGAAAAUAUCAAGAAGCACUGGAGGAGUCCGUUGCCAGAAAUUUCAAAGAAAAUAACCUCAUAUGCUGUAUGAGUCAUAACACUGAUUCCAUCUACAGCUCAAGGAGAAGUGCCACUGCGAGAGCAUCAGAAGACUUCAUGCCGUGGGAACCUACGUUUCAGACUUUACAUGUAGCUUCUGUGGCCUUCAACAGCCUUCUCCUGGGGGAGAUUGUGGUUCCAGAUUGGGACAUGUUCCAGAGCGAUCAUUACACAGCCGAAUUCCAUGGUGCUGCAAGAGCAUUGGGUGGAUGUGCGGUUUAUGUGAGUGACAAGCCGGGCAUGCAUGACUUCAAAAUUCUGAAGAAGUUGGUAUUGCCUGACGGCUCGGUACUAAGAGCUAAAUAUGCUGGGCGACCUACACGUGAUUGCCUGUUUUUAGACACAGUAAUGGAUGGGAAAAGCUUGUUGAAAAUUUGGAACUUGAACAAGUUAUCCGGAGUGGUUGGUGUUUUCAACUGCCAAGGAGCUGGAAAUUGGCCGUUGAGAGAUGGACCCGAACGCAACCCUAGUUCAUCCUCUGACUCUCUCAUCUUAUCAGGCCAUGUGAGUCCUCAAGAUGUUGAUUUUCUAGAUGAAGUUGCCCAUGAAACUUGGAGUGGAGACUGUGCCGUCUAUGCCUUCCAUACUGGAUCCCUUUCUCGAUUGUCAAAAGAAGAAAACGUCAAAGUGUCUUUAGCCACUCUUGAAUGUGAAAUAUUUACAGUCUCGCCGAUAAGGGUUAUAAACGAAACUCUGCAUUUUGCUCCUAUUGGAUUGAUCGAUAUGUAUAACUCUGGAGGUGCAACCGAAGGUCUAAGUUCCGCUGUUGAACCUUCAGCAUGCACUAUAACAAUACAAGCACGGGGCUGUGGCCGUUUUGGCGCCUAUUCUAGCAAGAAGCCGAUUUCUUGUACAGUGGACGGCAAGAACGAAGAGUUUGUAUACUGUCCAGACGAUGGAUUGCUGAUAGUUAAACUUGAAGGUGAAUGCAAAAGUAGGGAUAUUAACUUCUGCUAUUAGUUCCAGUUUUAUUCGAUCAAUAAUUCUUGGAGAUCGUCUUCUCAAGGUCAAUGCCAUACCUGAUCUACAGACAAGUUAUACAGCUUUAUCUAAAAACGAAUAAAACGUAACUCCGCAUCCAAUCGAUUAACCUCGGGUGCUGCUAUUGUUCGGAUGAUUUCUUCUGAUAUUCUAGUUUUGCCAGUUGCAUGCCCGAAGAAUAAGUGUGUAGUUCUGUACUGUAAGUGUGUUUCAUGCAAGAAAUUGGCAUUGUAAUGAAAUAAUUCUUUUAUUAUUAUUUUUGUUAUUCAAA